ACCGUCCAACUGGACUGGAGUUUGGAAAAGCAUAACACUAAAGGUCGUAAAACGAGCAGGUUUUAGUAAACAGACGCUGUUAUUCAAAUGUAAGGUUUUCUGUUUGUUGACGUUUUCACUGAACGUGCUGUCUUUCUCAUAAGUUUCAACAGUGUAACGUUACAGCUGUGACGACUGCUGUAUGGAGUUCCCAAAGCUCCCCCCUCACUCCGGCUCGGUGUUAUCAGUGCUGGACAUGCACACAGGCGGAGAGCCGCUGCGUAUUAUCCUGAGUGGGUAUCCAGAGGUGAAGGGCGACACCAUCCUUGCCAAACGACGCUAUGUGAGAGAGCAUCUCGAUCAUCUUCGCAAGGUGUUAAUGUUCGAGCCCCGUGGUCACUAUGACAUGUACGGAGCCCUGCUGGUCAGAAGUGAGUUAGCAGAGGCGGAUCUCGGCGUCUUGUUCAUGCACAACGAAGGGUACAGCACCAUGUGUGGUCACGCUGUCAUUGCUCUCGGGCGCUUUGCGGUGGAUUAUGGCUUGAUCAAAGCCCCCACUUCACCAGAGACGCAGAUAAACAUACACUGCCCCUGUGGCUUAGUGAAGGCCUUUACACAGUAUUCCAAUGGAAAAACUGGAGCUGUCAGAUUCCACAGUGUGCCAGCCUUUGCUUUUGCUACAGAUGUGUGUGUCUCGGUACCAGGAUAUGGGUCCAUCACUGUGGAUAUCAGUUAUGGUGGAGCUCUUUAUGCUUUUGUGAGUUCUGAGAAAUUUGGACUGGAUGUGAACAAGUCCAAGACCCGAGAUCUGGUGGAUGCAGCCACUGCAGUGAGUGAUGCUGUGAAAUCCCAGGUAAAGCUGCACCAUCCAGUCAGUGAGGAUCUGGCCUUCCUCUAUGGCACAAUCCUUACUGACGGCAAAGAUGCUUUUUCUGAAGAGCCCACAGCCAAUGUGUGUGUGUUUGCUGAUGCACAGGUGGACAGAAGCCCUACAGGGUCAGGCGUCACUGCUCGUAUAGCUCUUCAGUACCAUAAAGGCCUGAUUGGACUGAACCAGACCAGAAGCUUCAAGAGUGGAGCUACAGGAUCAGUGUUUACAGGAAAAGCAAUAGAAGAGACCACAUGUGGGGAAUUCAGGGCUGUGGUAGUGGAGGUCACAGGUCAUGCUCACUACAGCGGUGUGGCCAGCUUCACCCAAGAGAGCGAUGACCCUCUGAGAGGAGGUUUUCUUCUGCGCUGACUUAAAGAUUACAACUGAUAUUUCUGCUUCUGAUGUGAUCGCAGAGUAUCACAGGUUUUCUGAGCUCAGAGACAUGUGAAUCUUCUGAUGGAGGUUCUUUAUAAAGGAAAUCAUGAUUAGACAUUGAAUAAACAUAUUAUAUAGUUUUUUUUACUUUUUUUUUUUUUUACCAUACACCAACAAUUACUUCUAUAUUUCACAAAAAUAUAGUUUUCAUUCUUAUAAUGUUUAGUUCUAUUAAGGGUGACAAGUUUAACAUUGUAAUUGCUAAUAUUGCCCACCAGAGGACAUCAUCUGAAGUGUAGUGACAUUGUUUUUAAUCAUUUUCAAAUAACAUUUGGAAUGUUUUUGCCUGAUGAAGACUGCAUGACUGAAACAUUAUAUUAAAAUGUGAUUCAUGAGCUA